AUGGCAAAAAAAAUAUCCAAACACAGUAGAGCAGCAAGAAGAGGCGAGGUUAUAGAGCCUUCUGGUCUUGAGUCCACUAAACUAGCAGCAUCAACAUCUACCGAGAACGAUGGAGUGCGAAAGUCGAUUAUACGAACUCAGAUCAAAAAUGAAAACCUUUUGAAUAAGAAACUUGAAUCUUCCAAAGUGCGGAAACUGAAGUUGAAAAAGAAGUCAUCUGCUAUUAAACAUAAACUCGAACGAAGUGAUAAGCUUCAAGGCAUCUUGUCCUCCAAGAUUGAUGCAAGUAUUCAAAGAGCCAAAUAUGUUCAAUCUGCACGAAAAGCAAACUGGGAUAAAAUCAAUUCAAGCAUUGAGAUUCGUAACCAUAUAUUGGAUGAAUUGAAACAAGAUUCUUCGCCAGAAAAGGAGUUAACUCAAGAGGAGAUUGAGAAAAUGGAGGAGGAUGAAUACGUACGAAAGUUUUAUGAAGAUGAUGAGAACGCCGACAAUAUUGACAAAGAGGACAAACAAGAUGGUGGUGAGAAUAAGGACGGUAAAGGUAAUGAGGUCGAGAAGGUGUUAUCCAAUAAUCGUUUUGCCUUAUUGGGAGAAGUUGAAGAGUAA